GAAGUUGAGAUUGGAGAAGUCAAGGAUGUCAAGAAUGCAGAUGCUGCACUUGACUUCUUGCGCCAUGAGGGCGAAGGAGUUGAGAUGACAGCGGAUGACGAGAAGAGGCUUGUGAGGAAGAUCGAUUGGAUGAUUAUGCCAUUGAUGUGGUGUUGUUAUGUUGCACAAUACUUGGAUAAGACGUUGAUCAACUAUGCUGCUGUCAUGGGGCUGUACGAGGAUGCGAAUAUCACAAAGGCCGAUUUUUCGAACUUGGCAUGGAUCUUCUACGUCUCGUAUCUGGCUUUCGAGUUUCCUCAUGGCUAUGGUAUGCAGCGCUUCCCCACUGCUAAGUAUCUCGGCAUCAUGGUCGUGCUUUGGGGCAUCAUCGUCACUGUCACCGCAGCUUGCCACUCCUACGCCGGUCUCAUCACCACCAGAGUCUUGCUCGGCUGCUUCGAGUCUGCAGUCGCUCCAUCAUUGAUGCUUAUCACGACCAUGUGGUACAAGAAGAACGAACAGCCACCACGCACCGGUAUCUGGUAUCUCGGUACUGGCACAGGUACGAUCAUCGGAUCUCUUCUCUCCUACGCUUUCCAACACGUUGAAUCCGCUUCUCUCUACUCCUGGCAAAUUCUUUUCCUCGUUGUUGGUCUCCUUACCAUCUGCAUUGGUAUCACUGUCACCUUGAUCUUCCCCGACAACCCAAUGACCUCGCGUCUUACGCAUCAAGAGAAGAUCUGGGCCAUCGAGCGUCUGCGUGCCAAUCAAACCGGCAUUGAAAACAAGCAUUUCAAGUCCAACCAAGUUGCAGAGUGCUUCAUGGAUCCUCAGACCUGGCUACUUAGUCUGAUCACUAUCUCCUCCUCUGUACCCAAUGGCGCAGUCUCUAGUUUCCAGGCCACUCUGAUCAAAGGAUUUGGCUACACCCCCAAGGAGACUUCUUUGCUUCAGAUCCCUGGCGGUGUCUGCAGUGUCAUCUCCAUCUUGAUUGCCACCUACUUGGCUGGUAGAUUCGACCAGAGAGGAUUAAACAUAGUCACUCUACUCAUUCCUGGUAUCCUCGGAGGUGCCCUCAUGGCUUUCCUGCCCGAAGACAACAAAGCCGGAAAACUGAUCGGAAACUACCUCACCAACUGCAUUGGCGCAAGUUUACCUUUGUUAUACUCAUGGGUCGGAGCCAACUAUGCCGGCCACACCAAAAAGGUCACUAUGAACGCCAUCCUCCUCAUCUCCUUCUGUCUCGGCAACAUAAUCGGACCCCUCACCUUCCGCGCCGCCGAUGCACCCGAAUACAUUCCCGCAAAAAUCACAAUCAUUGUAACUUGCGCCGCCGCUGUAGUUCUGACCUUCAUAUUGAGAUUCUACUACAUGUGGGAGAACAAGAGAAGGGAUAAAUUGGUUGAGGAACAGCAUGUGGGACACAAAGCAGAUAUUGAAUUUGCGGACGUUACGGACAGAAAGAACAAGGAGUUUAGAUAUAGGCUGUGAGGACGGAAAGAGAAAGGUACAUGUUUUAUGACUGAUUUGAAGUUGACACCUCUAGAGGCAGCUGUAUGAAUGCACAAUGAACUUGAUUAAUCG